AUGCUGCGAGGUUCGCGCUUUAGCCGCGAGAGCGGUGAUUUGAAGACUCCGUUCCUCGCGGGCAAGGAACGCGAGCUGUUGGAAUCCAAAAAAUGGCCCGCAUGUUUUUCAAAAUCGGUAGACAUUACAAAGGUGCAGAUCGAGGCCUUUAAACCAUGGAUCACUCGACGAGUCACGGAACUCAUGGGUGUAGAGGACGAGAUAGUCGUUGAUUAUUGCCUCAGUCAAUUGAAGUACUUCGGUGAAACAGAUGCUAAAGCGAAUGCGGAGAAUGCAGGUGACGGUGGUGCCUGUUUGAACGAGAAGCCUUUCUUGGAUCCAAAGAAGCUACAGAUCAACCUGACGGGGUUUAUGGCCAAAAACGCACGCAUUUUCGUAAAGGAGCUCUGGGAAUUGCUAUUGGCAGCACAGGACAACGAAUACGGCAUACCUCAGGCCUUUAUAGAGGAAAAGAAAAAGGAGAUUGCCGCCAUACAACAAGAGGCCAAGGAGGUUGACGACACCCUUCGGCAAAUGGAUUCUAUGUCGGCGAGAGAUACGCCAGCUACCGGUGCAGUGGCUCAACCCAGUGAUACCACAGCUGUGAGAGACGGUGAAGACUCAGAUAAAGGGCGGUCUCCCCGUGAUCGUUCUCGCGAAGUACGUAGCGUGAGUGGCUCCCGUGGUAAACGUGGAUCACGCGCCUGGUACAGCAAAAACAAGUAUAACGAACGACGCAAUAAUCGAAGUAAUGUACGACGUCGUGGAGGAUCAUCAAGAAGUGGCAGCUUACGUGGUAGAAAUUAUCGGCGAGAACGUGGAUACCGCCGUAGAUCCAUUUCACCGACUCCUUCUAGAUCACGUUCUGGUUCAUAUGACCACAGACCUGCCCCUCGCAGGGUAUCAUAUUCCAGGUCACCGUCGUAUUCAGGUUCAUAUCGCAGCCAUUCUUCGACGCCAAGAUCUUCAUACGAAGCGAGUCGCCCAUCUCGACGCAGACGUUCUUACUCUAGUGCCUCGUCACGCUCUGAUUCAUCACAUUCCCCUUCUGUUGAUAGUCGCCAUUCGCGAUCGGUAUCUCGUGACAGUCGUCGGAGGCAUGACGUACGUGGCGACGCUUACCGCGAUUCGCACCAUCGCAGAAGGCAUAGCCCACCACGACGAAGACGUGAUAGAUCACACUCACGUUCGUCUCACGGACGUAAACGCUCUCGCUCGCCGGCUAGACAUGAUUACAAACGUCGUCGGGGUUCUCAUAGUCGUUCGAGGUGA